GGCAUCAUGGUUCUCGUGUUUCCAUCUUAAUAGAGGCAUUGCAUUUGUUUUCCCUCAUUACCCUAUUUCCUUCUUCUCUUUGAUUCUAGAUUCAAUCUUUCUUGUAAAUUAUACAAUCUUUCUCACUAUGAGAAACAUAGCUAAAUAUGAGGUGAAUGAUAUAUACGAUCCAACAAUAAGCCUGAUCCAUGCUUGGGACAGAAUUAGAGUUCCUAUAAUUGCUCCUCUCUUAAAGUGUGCAGUUUAUAUAUGCAUAUCCAUGUCUGUUAUGCUUUUUCUUGAGCGUGUUUAUAUGGCUAUAGUGAUUGCUUGUGUCAAAUGCUUGGGGAAGAAAAGAUACACCAAGUAUCAACUAGAUGCCAUCAAAGACGACCUGGAGAAAAACAAAAACUACCCAAAAGUACUGAUUCAAAUCCCAAUGUUCAAUGAAAAAGAGGUUUAUAAGCUAUCUAUUGGAGCGGUAGCUGGGCUUUCAUGGCCAUCAGAUCGGCUCAUUGUGCAGGUUUUGGAUGAUUCCACCAAUGAAGUUUUAAGGACCAUGGUAGAAAUAGAGUGCCGGAGAUGGGCAGAGAAAGGAGUCAAUAUCAAGUAUGAGACAAGAAACAACAGGAAUGGCUACAAAGCAGGCGCUCUCCGGGACGGUCUAAAGAAGGAUUAUGCCGAGGAUUGUGAAUUUGUCAUAAUCUUUGAUGCUGAUUUUCAGCCUGAAGAAGAUUUUCUCUGGAGAACUAUUCCAUACCUACUUACAAACCCAGAGUUAGGUUUGGUUCAGGCUAGGUGGAAAUUUGUUAACGCCGAUGAAUGUUUGAUGACUCGCCUCCAAGAGAUGUCCUUAGACUAUCACUUCAGUGUGGAGCAAGAAGUGGGCUCUUCAACAUGCUCAUUCUUUGGAUUCAAUGGGACUGCUGGGGUUUGGAGGAUGAGGGCACUGAAUGAUGCAGGAGGAUGGAAAGACAGAACUACGGUAGAAGACAUGGACCUCGCAGUCAGGGCUAGCCUCAAAGGGUGGAAAUUCCUCUUUGUGGGUGACCUUGCGGUAAAAAAUGAACUGCCGAGUACAUUUAAGGCAUACAGAUAUCAGCAGCAUCGUUGGUCGUGUGGACCGGCUAAUCUCUUCAGGAAGAUGUUGAAAGAAAUUAUCAUGUGUGAGCGUGUGUCAAUUUGGAAAAAGUGGCAUGUAAUAUAUGCAUUCUUCUUUGUAAGGAAAAUAAUAGCACAUUGGGUUACCUUUUUCUUCUACUGCAUCGUGAUUCCAGCGACAAUCUUAGUUCCAGAAGUUCAUCUUCCAAGGCUCCUAGCUAUUUAUCUUCCAGCAGGCAUUACGAUUCUUAACGCAGCAUCCACUCUAAGGUCAAUUCAUCUUCUUGUGUUCUGGAUACUGUUUGAGAAUGUCAUGUCUCUUCAUAGAUCAAAGGCAGCAAUCAUAGGACUCCUUGAAGCCAACCGGGUAAAUGAAUGGGUAGUGACUGAAAAGCUAGGCAACACAAUGAAGCAAAAGUACACCAAAGCACCCAAAAGGCCCCGUUCACGCAUUGGAGAGCGGGUUCAGAUCUUGGAGCUUCUGGUAGGAUUAUACCUUCUCCAUUGUGCAAUAUACAACAUACUGUUCGGGCAAAACCAUUUUUUCAUUUACUUGUUACUACAAGCUGGGGCAUUUUUCAUUGUCGGACUCGGGUAUGUUGGAACAUUUGUUCCCAACUAAAGACUAAAGAAUGCAAGACAUCUGAGAGCCGCAUGCUUCAACAUCUAUGCAAUAGAAUGUGCUUAGUGGUUGUAAGAUUUCUAGUCCUACCAUUUCACAAUUUAGAUCAUAAGCAUACAAUAAGGCUGUCAAAUAUCAUAUAAACCUCUGCACUGUAUGCACAUUGUCCAUCUAUUAGAUCAACCAACUCAAUGAAUGCUACUACCAUAAUAAUAUAAAAGUUAUUCAUUACUCA